AUGACUGAGGACAACUUCUCCUUGACACCUGAAUUCAUCCUCACAGGAUUUACAGAUCACCCAGACCUGAAGAGCCUGCUGUUUGUGGUCUUCUCUGCCAUUUAUCUGAUCACCAUGGUGGGGAAUCUUGUUUUGGUAGCCUUGAUUUACAUGGAAUGUCGUCUUCAUACACCAAUGUACAUCUUUCUGGGAAACCUGGCUCUGAUGGAUGCUUGCUGUUCCUGUGCCAUCACUCCCAAAAUGUUAGAGAACUUCUUUUCUGAAGACAGAAGAAUUUCCCUCUAUGAAUGCAUGGCACAGUUUUAUUUUCUCUGUCUUGCUGAAACUGCAGACUGCUUUCUUCUGGCUGCAAUGGCCUAUGACCGCUAUGUGGCCAUUUGUAGCCCACUGCAGUACCACACCAGGAUGUCCAUGAAACUCUGCAUUUGUAUGACCACAGCAGCCUAUAUAAUUGGAAACCUGCAUUCCAUAAUUCAAGUAGGGCUAUUAUUUAGGUUAACUUUCUGUGGGUCUCAUCAAAUCAAUCACUUUUUUUGUGAUGUCCUUCCAUUAUAUAGACUCUCUUGUGUUGACCCUUAUAUUAAUGAUUUGAUGAUACUUAUCUUCUCAGGGUCAGUUCAAACUUUUAGUAUUGCUAUAGUCCUGAUAUCAUAUUUGUAUAUUCUUUUCACCAUAUUCACAAUGAAAUCCAAAGAAGGAAGAGGCAAAGCCUUAUCUACCUGUGCCUCCCACUUUCUCUCUGUGUCGAUGUUCUAUGGUUCUCUGCUCUUUGUGUAUAUUCGACCCAAUGCACUUAAUGAAGGGGAUAAAGACAUAUCUGUCGCUGUUUUUUAUACCCUAGUAAUCCCUUUAUUAAAUCCUUUCAUUUAUAGUCUAAGAAAUAAGGAAGUAAUAAAUGUUAUUAAAAGAAUAAGGAAAAAUAGACAGUUUUGUAAUAUUCCAAAAUAA